AUGUCUGUAUUGAAAGACAUUUUGGAAAAAGGCUAUGUCGACCCAGAGAUAUUGGAGGCGCUCGAUGAAGAACAAAAGCAAAUGCUGUUCAUUCAGAUGCGGCAAGAACAAAUGAGGAAAUAUCAAUUAUAUGAGGAGCAAUUGGAGCGAGACGGCUUGCCCCUGCGGAAGCAAAAAAAGAAAGGAGUGCGAUGGCGAUCCGGCGUGGACGGCGAUGUUUGGGUGUGGGUAAUGGGUGACCAUCCCGAGGAUAAGAGCAUCGAAGAAAUUCUUGAAGAAGAGGCAAGACGAGAGGCUAGGACGCGUGCGCUCCAAGAACUUGAGCAUCAAGUCGACGAAAGUAUGGAAGAAGCGUUGAAGGCACAACUUGGAAAUUUGCGCGUUGGACUGACGGGCUCGGUCUACGACGAUAGUGAUCUGAGUUGGGAAGAUCAGCUGGUCAACAAACCGCCUCUUUUAUUGCAACCCCAGGGCACACCUUUGAGUGCUUUGAUUCGAAAUUGGGAAAAGGUCGGGAUUGGAUUACAGAAAUCACCCGUAAACGGAAAACCGACGACUUCAAUGAAUAACAAUGGAUAUCGAGAAGAGGCUCACACCAACGAGGGAGCAGCAACACCACAGAAGGCAAUUGUCACGACGUUCAGCAUACCAACACCUCAAGUGGCCGUGAUUGGUGCCAAAGGUGCUUCUGUACGAAAUGCUCGAGGUCCACCGCCUCCUGUACCUGUCAGGCCAGCACAAUUCCCAUCAGUCACAAAAUCUCCGCAGACACAAAAUGUUCAGCCCCUACAAACACUAGAUCUACAAAAUGUAAAAAACGAGAAACAAAAUGGAACGAAUGGCAGUGUGCGGCUUAGAGCUCAGAAAGCGUUAACUCCAGAAGAAGCCAGCGAUGAAGUUAAUAAAAGAGAAUCCGAAAUUUUCCAAACAAUACGAGAAAAACAUGAACAGCUACGGAAAGAAGCUGAAGCAGAGGCCGAGCGUGAACGACUGGCAUGGGAAGAACAAGAAAGAAAAUCACGAGAAGCCGAAGCUGCAAUUAGAUCGAUUGCGCAAAAAGCCCGAGAGCAACACAGACAACUUCUGCGAACAUCGACCUCCAUUCUACCUGCUUUGGCUGACACGAAAGCCACCAGUCUACGAGAAGCAAUCAAAAACUUACCUCGUCCGCCGCGACCAAAAAACAAAGAAGAAAUAGUCACUUGGUUUAAAAAGAAUGAACUUCCUCGUGGCACCGGACUUGAUCCAAAAACGGGAUUGCCGGCGCCUUGGUUUCAUGGAAUCAUUUCAAGAGAUGCUUCAGAGCAAUUACUUGUGGGGAAACCAACCGGCUCAUUUCUUGUUCGAGUUUCCGAGCGCAUUUGGGGAUACACUGUGUCGUAUGUUGUUGGAAAUGGUUCGUGUAAACACUUUCUGAUCGAACGCAUCGAACAAGGCUAUCAGUUUUUGGGAACAAAUCAAAUCGUUCACGACUCCCUCUUUGAUUUGAUUGUCUAUCACGAGUCGGCUCCAAUAACUGCAAAAGGAGGAGAGAUCUUGAAAUGGUUCGUUGGACAAAUUGGGCGUCCUGCUGACUACAUCGAUUUAUUUCCCGAGCCCAUCAACAACAAUCACUCGGCCAUCGGUGGAACUUUGCAAAAAGGUGAUGAUGCGCGCCCAGCGCUUCUCACAGCAUCACAACUAUUAAAUGAAUGUUUAUCCGAUACAAAAUAUGAGUUAACGGAGCGACAGGCUUGUCUUCAAGCAACUACGUCAGCUCUCCGGGUUAUCUUUGAACAAGCCGUGGCAACAAACAAUGUGGUUAAGACUCAUGAUAGAUAUGCCCAAAUCAUUAUUUCACUUUUUGGUACAAAUCAAUCACAGGAGUUUCUUGAUGUUUUACAAUGGAAACAUCUUCGACCAUUAAUUUCUUCGAUGCUUUACAUUUUGGAUCAAAAAGAAUUGAAUCGAGAUUUGUUAUUGGAAGCACUGGAAAUGUUGUUAACACACGCCGAAACAGCAUUAACGGAAGAUCUAUACAAUGUCGCGUUUUUGCCGGGAAUUGGAAAGCUCACCUCUACAUUGCUCACACAUUUAACGAUUGAUUCAUUGCGCUCAAAUAAGAGGGUCAAGACGGUUCGGAUUUUAUCUCAAAUGCUUUCAAAGGCACCCGUCCACAUUCUCACAUCGGUUCUCCCAGGAACUUUAUCUAAAUUAUCCGAAGUAUUGUGCGAUCCCAACAGUGUGCAGGCCAUUUUGACAGUUUGUCUUAUGAUAUUCAAAGAUUGCAUAUUGAGCGCAUUUUUGGCUCCUACAACCACCGACAAGAAUUUUACGUCUGAGGGUCAAAUUGAUAGUGAAAUCAACAAGGCAAAAUCUCUUCUGAUCGAAAGAAAUGAAGACUGGAGAGCUAAAUCAACUUCGAGAAUCAAUAGCAUGAUUCGGAGAUUCUCAGCUAACCUUGUUAUUCACGAUUCGACCGUUGUUCGUCUGCAGUUGUUGGAUUUUCUUCGAGAAUUGAGUGCUCACGCGGAAAUGUUUGGAGAAGAGUUUCAAAGAAUUGUUAUUGAUACUUCUAUACUUUUGGCAAAUGAUGAAGAUGAUGGUGUUAAAGAAAUGGCCAACCAGGUUUUGUUGAAAAUUAAAGAGGAGAAUCAAGACUUCUAUUCACUUCGCAUUCAUACCCUUUUUUCAGAAGUCAAAAAUGAUCUGUUAAAGUUACCCGAGAAAACAAUCUGCUCAAGGCCAUUGCUUUCACAGGUUUUGUCCUUAGUGAAGCUAUUCCCUGAUUUCCGAAUUCUGUAUUUGGAUGGGACAAUGGCUGAAUUCAUCACGGCGGUUGCUCGAGUGGUGCGUGUGGAUAUUGAGCGAUUGAAUAUAACUUCUAGUAACCCAACUUCAUUAACAGAUUUUAUCUUGGCAAUACCAUUGAAAAAUGAAAUCACAAUGCUUUGGGUUCAAUCCGUUUGUCACGCGCUCUUGAAGAAUAACCCUUACGAAGUGUUCUCGAUGUUUGCCGACCUUUUAAAAGAAAGCGAUAGGGACAAUCUGACGUCUUUUGGUUUGAUCCUCAGUCUUAUGGCCAUCGAAACGCAGAAAAUUGAAACUACCGAUGCUGUGGGAUUACGGCAAUGUGUCGAAGUUUGCCAAACGUACAUCGAUGGAAUAAAUAUUGAUGUAAAAGAAAUGGAUCAUAAAAUCUCAGAUACUACCAUUACGAACACGUCAUCGGUUGCUCUUUUAACUUCGAUGAAUUGCGCUGUUAGCACACUAAUUGGUUGUAUCAGUGAUGUGAAUAUCCAAAACUUGUACCUCGUUGAUGUAUUUUGUAUGCUUUUACUUGGAUCAACCAUUCCAAACUUUGUGAUCUCUACCUCGUCUGAUCUCGCACUUCAAUACAUAGCUCAGGUGCAAAGCGUCAGUUUGUCAACGUUAUUGGAAAAACGGGAUGUUUUGAUUAUACACAAAAUGUGGCACUGGAAGUCGAAAAUUAUGUCAGCCCCAAAGUUGCUCACGGCGUUCAUACUACGUACCGACAGUACAUCGGUCUUCAAUUCAACAAAGAAAAUUUUGCGCCAAAUGCUUACGGUUCUAGAUGAACAAAACGAGAUUGCGUCCGUUACAACAACUCUAUGUGCGAUGUCCGUUUUUGUGGAGUCCAUCCUAAAGUGGUUUCCGAAAAUCGACACUGAAAAGCUCGACUCCCAACCAAAUGAUUACAAGAAUCUUGAAAAUGAAGACGGGAAUCUUGAGCAUCUUUCAUUAAACGAUCCAGUUGCUCCUGAAAAGGAACAAGCACCGGAACCGAUUUUAAUGACGGAAGAAAUUUUGCGCAGAACUCAACACUUCCUUUUUUCGCCACAUGUUCCCGUCAAAGUAGAGUGUUUGCGUUUGCUUUCUGCCUCCCUUCGCGUUGUACGCUUAUAUGAAGAUGUUCUUCUUCCAAUGAUUCAUCAAAAUUGGUCCCCUUUGAAAAGUCGACUAAAUGAUGUCAGUCUUGUUGUUCGAUCAGAAGCCGUGAAGGUUCUUACUUGCUAUUGUCAGAUAGCUGGAUCUUUUGUUUAUCGUCGGGUGAGCAACGAUGCGUGGCCACAACUUACAAGAUGGGCGCAAAAUGAAUUGGGAAAAUCGCAAUACACUCAAUCUGAAAAGUAUCGCCUUCUUUUCGCCAUAGUUUCCAAUUCCGCCUUAAUUUGGUCGUCAAUUGGGUACAAAGCUGACGAUGCCGACACCGUUUUGCCUUUUCUGGAAAAAGUAUCUACUUGCUUUCAGUGUCCAAAUGAAUUACGGCUGGAAGCAAUAAACGCCAUCAACGUACUAAAGUGCCUCAUCAGCAAUGAUGAG